CAAUUCUAUUGUCUCACCCAAAUCAAAACGACAGCUUGCUCUUCCAUUCCUGAGGGCGAGGCGAAGACUGGUAGGAAAUGGGAGGGGAGCCAUGAACGUUAGUUGAGUUGGGGGGUAGAGAGAGAAAGCUUGGAUCGACAGGAAGAAGAAAGAGAAGAAUAAGGAGGAACAAAAAAAAGGAAGAAGAAAGAAAAGGAGGAGGAGGAGGGUUGAAUUUUAGAGCAGCCACGAAUUAAUCGGCGGUCUCAACUCUCAAGAGAUGUUUGGGUUUUUGGGAGGUGGAUUUCUGGAGGAGGUUGUGAUUGUAGUCGGCUUGAUAAUCGUUCAAAUUUUUUAUUCGGUUUAUUCAGUGGCUGUGGCUCGUCUUCUGUCUAUUGGUUUCAGCCCUCUCUUUCUCACUAUCUGUGGAACUCUUGCCACCUCUGUCGUCCUCUUUCCUCUCUCCAUUUGUUUUGAAAGGCACAAAUGGCCCAGGGAAUUCAGUCUCAAAUUGCUGAUUCAAUUAUUGCUUCUUGGCUUUGCAGGGGUAACUCUUUUCCAAGUCUUCAUGCUAAUAGGCGUCAAGAUGACUUCUCCAGCAAUUGCUUCUGCCAUGCCCAAUCUUGCUCCAGGGCUCAUCUUCAUCAUCGCCUGCUGUCUCGGGUUUGAGCGAAUCAACCCAAAGUGCAUCUACAGCAAGAUCAAGAUCAUAGGAACUGUUGUGUGCAUAACUGGGGCAGUUAUAAUGAGCGUUUUAUAUGGUCCUGGAGUCUCAAAAGCAAUUCCGGAUACAACAGCAAAAUCCCCGACCCUAAAAGUACUUACCUUGAUUGAUAAAGACAAUAUCAUCGGUUGCAUCUAUCUACUUUCUGCAGUUUUCAUCUUAUCGUGUACCAUUGUUUUGCAGGCUGCAGCUUUGGGUGAUUUUCCGGCACCUAUGUCGGUUAGCGCCAUUACUUCCUUUAUUGGUGGAAUCCUAACUUUAGUUGUACAGUUGAUUGAAGACCAUAGAAUUGAUACUAGUUGGCAACUUGUGAGUGCUCUUCAAAUUAUCGAGUAUUCUCUAUUGCUAGGAGUUUUCAGUGGACUAUGCACUAGUUUUAGUGCUUGGGCAGUGAAGAAAAGAGGCCCUGUCUUUGUGUCCAUGUUCAAUCCCAUUGGAACUGUCUCCUCUGUCACUCUUUCUGCCAUCACCCUAGGUGAUUACAUCACCCUAGGAAGCCUGAUAGGAAUGUUGAUCAUGUUUACGGGACUCUACUUUGUGCUAUGGGCUAAGAAGAAUGAAGGAUAUAUUGUCGAAGAAGAUGUUCUGAAGUUGAAACAAUGUGAUUCAGCGAGGCCUCUCUUGAGCUAAUAUUUUCUUCAUUUCAUCAGCCAUUAGUUCACUCUCUCUGUAUUAUAUAUACUCAAGUUAAUUAGAACCUCAGACUAAAAUUGGCUUAAUUGCUUCUUCAAAUGAUCUAGUCAUUGACAAGAUGUAUAUUUAACCUGAAGUAACACAGUUGGAGUCAAAUCAAACUGUGAAACCAUGAUCAUUGGUGGUGAUGUAUUUUAAUUUAGGGCUUUGGAUGCUAAACAUUAGAAUUUUACAA